GCUGUGUUUGAUAGCAGCAUGUAGAAGAGAAGCCGAAGACCCGUAAGCAGGCUGCAGGAGGUGACUUUUCCUGAGUAGCACACAACAAAAAGAGGAUUUUCGGCGAGAGUUAGCCUCGACAACAUGGAUUACUGGAGUGCCUUGGAGGUGUAUAAGGAGAUGGUCCUGCUGUACCUGGAGGAGGGCCGGCGACAGGUCAACUCGCGCUGCGCCGACCUGGAGCCGUGGCAGAUCAUCGGAGCGACAGUCAUCACCACAUUGGGAGCAGUCUGGGUCAAAGGCUUCCUCUUCCAGCAAGAAAGUCUCACAUCCCGAAUCAAGAAGCAGUGCUUUCGACUCAUCAGAAAAAUACCCUUUGUUGGCGUGGCAAUUCAGAGUCAGCUGAACAAGGCUUUGGAUGACAUGUCUGCUAGUCUGUGUACGCUGAAGGAGGGGAUGAGCUACACCAAACAGCUGCCAUCUAAAGGUCUCUCUCAGGUCCAAGUGCUGGACAAAAUCAGAGAGUACGAGACUCUGAAUGAGGUGAAGUGGGAGAAAGGGCGUGUUUCGGGUGCAGUGUACUGGGGCGAUGAAUCCCUGACCAAACUCCUGGUGAAGGUAUAUGGAGAUUUUGCAUGGAGCAAUCCACUUCACCCAGACAUCUUUCCUGGCGUAAGAAAGAUGGAGGCAGAGGUUGUUAGAAUGGCUUGCACACUUUUCCACGGUGGACCAAACUCCUGUGGCACAGUUACUUCUGGGGGAACCGAGAGCAUACUGAUGGCCUGCAAAGCAUACAGAGACAUGGCGUAUGAACGAGGUGUCAAAUACCCUGAAAUUCUCGCGCCGGUGAGCGUCCACGCUGCCUUUAACAAAGCAGCACAUUACUUCGGGAUGAAGCUCGUUCACAUUCCCCUCGACCAGAAGACAAUGAAAGUAGACGUGAAGGCUAUGAAGAGAGCCAUCAGCAAGAACACGGCCAUGCUCGUGUGCUCGGCGCCUCAGUUUCCUCACGGAAUCAUGGAUCCCAUUGAGGAAGUAUCCAAGCUGGCUGUACGCUACAACCUCCCGCUGCAUGUGGAUGCCUGUCUAGGAGGUUUUCUCAUCGUCUUCAUGGCCAAGGCUGGUUAUUCGCUCGCCCCGUUCGACUUCAGGCUAAAAGGUGUUACCAGCAUCUCUGCAGAUACCCACAAGUACGGCUACGCCCCCAAAGGUUCCUCAGUGAUCCUCUACAGUGAUAAAAAGUACCGUCACUACCAGUACUUUGUAGCUCCGGACUGGCAGGGAGGAAUCUACGCCUCGCCCUCUGUGGCAGGCUCCAGGCCAGGAGGGAUCAUCGCCGCCUGCUGGGCGACCAUGAUGCACAUGGGAGAGAACGGAUACGUAGAAGCCACCAAGAAGAUCAUCAGCACGGCACGCAAAAUCAAAACCGAAGUCCGCAAGGUAAAAGGAGUGUUUGUGUUUGGAGAUCCAGAGGUGUCAGUGGUGGCAAUAGGCUCCGAUGUUUUUGAUAUUUUCCGUCUGUCUAAUGCACUGACGUCAAAGGGCUGGAACCUGAACACUCUGCAGUACCCAUCCAGCAUCCACAUUUGUUGCACAGUCCUGCACACCCAGCCGGGGGUUGCUGAUCAGUUUAUUCGUGAUGUGAAAGAGCAGGUCGCCAUCAUCAUGAAGAACCCCAAAGAGAAAACCACAGGAAUGGGAGCGAUCUAUGGCAUGGCCCAGUCCAUCCCAGACAGAUCCAUGGUGACAGAGAUUUCCCGAGGCUUCCUCGACUGUCUCUACAGCACAGAGGUGUCCAAGACAAACACCAGCCACAUGAACGGCAACGGCAAAGCCCACUGAAACAGGAUUGGGCCCGACCCCACUGCACGCAGGGAAACACGCUCGCCUCCUCUCAGAGCUCUGAGUUAAUCGCUCAACGGUUGCCUUAUCUUGCGUACCUACAGCAUACGGGAAACAUCUGCAAAGAUCUGUGAAGCACAAGUCAUUGUCAUUUAACCAGCCCAGAGAAAUCGCUUGUAACAGCUGUGUCUAAAUGGCACGGGGAAGAUGUGACUGUUUCCAAACGAGUUUUAGUUUUUUUUUUCAUUUGAUUUUCUUAAUGUCGUAGAAGUGUGUGUUGUUUUACUUGUUAAUUUCAAGUUCGUUUCAGUUUUAGCUUUUCUUAAAUCCAUACACGUGUCAUAAUCUCUACUGAUUUCAUAACAAAAACCAUUCAGUUCUUUUUUUUUUUUUUAUUGUUAACUCCAGAACAUUUCAGCCUGCAAUCACUUCUUUCAAUACAUGUGAUGACUCAGCAAAAACACAGACCACUGAAUGCUUGUUAGAAACGCUGUGCUGCCCUCUAGCAUGAAAUCUGAUGUACUUCUCCAGACUGGCCUCUACACACGCGGAGGUCUGUCGAAGGUGUGUGAUUAUGGUUAUCGUACAGAAGUUCUCUGAAAAAUAGCAUUUUAAUGAAAAAGCACUGCAACGCCCUGACAAGAACAUAUCAGGUUAAUCUGUAAACCACUUGAAACUACGGCAUGAACGUGUGUAUCUUUGUUUGUUAGCACUUAGUGUGAUGACACUCUUUUUGUUUUAAGUCUGCAUUUGUGGUCCAUCUACAGUGGUUGGAUUUGUAGAAAGAGGGAGAAUCAUUUGCGAAGUGGGAGCUUUUUAAUGUCAUUAAUAUUCAAUAAAGCUGUCUUUAAGUAAGGGAAAAGUUGUAAUUAGGGCAGGAAAUAUUUGAAACGUGACUCGUGGAAUCCAAAGAUUAUCAGUCACUUUGAUUGUUUUAUUGAUCGUUGGUCAGAAUUGGUGAAGGAUUUUCACACGGUCGUUGGUUUACAACUCAAGUGAAAGUGUGAAUUUGAACAUCUUUUAACAAACUGAACUGAAGGCUGUUUCCAACCCAGGUCUACUGUAUGUUAUCAAGCAGCAGACACUCAAUGUUUACUCUAUAGUCUGCAUAGAGUCACCUGUGUACUACCUUAUUUUAUUAAUUUGUCUCCUAAUCCAAUCUACCUCAGUUUCUACUCAAUGCAAAUGUCAUUUAUUCAUCCACUGAAACACAUUCUUACAGGGCAACUGUUGUUGUUUUUUUUUUUUCCAUUUCUAACAUAAACAUCAUGAUGUUAGGGCAUUUGACAAACUGUAAUAAAGUGUUCUUAGAUAUACUGAUACUGAAAGAAAACAGAUCCACUGUGACGGAGGCCUCUAGCCUGUCUGAACGUGGACAUACUUUGGUAGAAAUCCAUUCAGCAGGAUACGUGUUCAUUUACUAAUAAGGCUGAUAACCUAACAAAGCAUACUGUAACACCAAAAUGACCUUGUGUUGUUCUUUAUUUCAUGUGCUUUCCUAAUAUUGCUUGUUGAAAUUGUGUAUGUCCCUGAAAUUAUUUCCAUGUUUGUGCAAUAUGUAAUUUUUCCUUUUAACGAAUGAGAAACAAAGGGGAAUGCUCUACUGUUAAUGUUGAAGAUAUGUUAUUAGAAGCAUAGUAUUGGAUGACAACUUCUCAGCCUUGUUGAUGUACUUUAACCGUUUUGUGUGACCACUGGGGAUUUUUUUAUUAUUAUUAAUCACUUAAUUUGUGAGUCUUCUUCAUAGCUGUGUGUAUUCAGCAACUGUGUUUUUACAUACUGAGCAGUUUUCAAGAGAUUAGACAUGAAUGUGUUCAGGUUCUUACACAUGUGGGGAUUUUUUUUCCAGCUUUUAGUCAGUGCCUGCCAGAGGACAAAACACCCUCACUACCAACUGAAACUCAUACCACCCUAUGUUUCCAUCCAUCCAUCCUUAAAUACUGCAGCCAGUGACAGGAUGUAGGAACGAAAGGAUGAAAAAAAAAAGGACUUUUCCAAUAAUGACUCACCCUGUUUGCUUUGUAGAAAUAUCCUCAAAAAGUGUGACAACUGAAUGGCCAAGAAAUCCCUUUUGGAUUAAAAAAAAAAACACUUUUAAUGCAAAUUCCUGUUUAAGCAGUAACUGACAGUGAUCGCCCUCCGUAACACA